AUGGAGCCUCCAAUAACACCUUUAACAAAAGUUAAACUGAUCUCAAUUGGUGCAUUGGUCUCAUUUUCUUCAAUCUUUCAGGUAGGUAGCUUCAAUAAAGAUUCUUAAAAAUAUUUUAAAGUUUUUUGUGGUAUUGUUAUAUCUUUUAUUAUUGAUAUAUAAAACCUUUUUUAGAUGGGUUACUCCAACGCAUAUGUAAACACAGCAAUCGACGGGUUUAAAACAUUUAUAAAUCAGAGUAUGACAGACAGAGAAUUAGAAGUGACUUCAGAAUCUUUCACUUGGAUUUGGGCCACCUUUUUGAAUUCUUGGUUUCCAGGUUUUGCGAUUGGAGCUUGGCUUGCCGUACCAUUGACUGAUAGUUUUGGGAGGAAGUGUAGGUUUAAAUUUUAAAAAUUUUGACUUACAAAUAAGGUACCCAACCUGUCCCACUCAGAAUCAGCUCAAUAUUUUUAUAUGAAUUCUUUGUGUUAUUAAUAAUACUUAUAAAAAAUUUUAGCUGGUGCUUUUGAGUUUUAAAUUUGAGAUAUUUGGGUUUCCUGCCAACUUGGCAAGUUUGGCAUUGUGUUUCAAGCAUUUUUUGACUUUCUAGACAAGCUACGCUUAUAAAUUUUAAAAUUCAAGUCUAUUUAAAGGUGUCCUACUAGUAUCAAAGAAAAAUGAUUAAAAGUCCAAAAAUAGCAAAAUCAUAAGCUUCAAACACUAUGCCAAUUUGGCGGGAAAUUCAAACUGUAAUUUUUUAAUCUCGAUUUUCUCGAGAAUUCCUGGAAAGCGCGAUUUAGUACUUUGCUGAAGAUCUUAUAUUAACAUUAUUUUUCUAUAUAAAAAGUUUAAAGCCAAUAAAAGCGCUUCCUUGUAAGUUUUUUGUGAUUUUUACUUAUUUUUCGAUUUUUUUAGUUUUUUAAGUGUUUUUAACCGAUUUUCUAUGAUUAUAUUUUAAAAACUUUAAAUUUCAGUAGGACUACUAGUUGGAAAUAUCACUGUGACUCUAUCGGUACUUUUGAUGACAUUAGGACCAGUGUUUGACUACAUGGAAUGUCUCAUUCUGGGUCGGUUCUUCUCGGCCGUCGGCUCUGGCAUAUCAAUGUGUGCUUUGGUGCUGUUUUUGCAGGUAAAAUACGAUUCCUCGCUUUUUGUUGUAAUACGUAAACAUUUAAAAAUUAGUUUAUUUUACAAAAAAAUUCAAAAAUAUAAUGAUUUUCAAAAUUUCUUAUCACUUUGCUUUUUGAAAUCGUUCAUUCUUCAGGAAAUCGCUCCAAACUCAAUGCGUGGAACCCUCGGAUUCUUUGCCGAAACCGCAUUUGUUGCCAUGAAUGCACUGGGGGCAGUAGCUGGAAUGUCGUUUAUGUUAGGGAACUACAUUACAAUUCUGGUCGGCUCAGCUAUGAUACCUGGUAUAAUAUCAUUCUUGGUGGUACUACCUUUAAAAGAAACGCCAAAGUUUCUAAUGAUAAAGAAAGAUGACUUGAACAAGGCUGUAGAAGCUGUACAGUUCUAUCAGAACAUUGGUGGGUUACUGUAUUUUUUGAAGUUUUAAAAUUGAAAUUUCAAAAAAAUUUUUAAAAAUUUAAUUUGAAAAAAAUUUAAUUUUUGAAAUUUAAAAAUAUUGCAGAUGACCACCAAGCUGAGGAAGUACUAAGUAGAAUUCGUGCUGAAUCUUCUGAAGCUUCUGGAUCCAUCGUCCACGUACUCAAAAGUCCAGCACUAAGAAAAGGACUCGUACUGGGAGUACUGGCCCUACAAAUCACAACUUCGAUUUGGCCGGUCGUCUUUUUAUCGACCGAAUUUAUGGUCAGAACAAACAUAACACCGGAGCUGGCCGAAUACGUAUCUUCUGGCAUGCUUAUAUUGAGGUAGGUAAGAGUAGGGUACCGUAUAAUAGGGUAGGGUAGUAUAUUAUAAAAUGAUCUUUCAGCACAUUAUCUACAUGUACUGGAAUGGUACUGGUCGAAAAAUGUAGUAGAAGGAAGUUAUUUUUAUCCGCUAGUUUCACCAACAUAACAGCACUACUACUAUUUGUCAUAUGCUCACAAGGACAGCUAUACCAGGACGAACUUAAAUACGGGUGUAUCUUGGCCAUAUGUCUACAUGGUACCUCAUAUAGGUAUGUUUUUAAGUUCAAUUUAUGUAUUUUCUAUUGUUUUAUUUUGUAAUGCUGGGCGGGGGUGAGUUUGACUGGGGGGGGGGAGUAAAAACCUUUUUAAAAUUUUUAAAAAAAUAAAUGAAAUUUUUUAUUAAAAAAAUUAUUUCCAGCGUAGCAACAGGACCAAUAGCCUGGUUUCUAGUCUCCGAAUUAGUACCGACAGAAGUCCGUAGCAUUUGUAGCUCAGUAGCGUUAGCUCUAAAUCACAUUAGUGCUGUUGUUGUAACAUUCCUCGUCCUACCCCUCUACGACCACAUCAGCUCGUAUUCAUUGCUAAUAUUGUUUGUCAUACCAUCGUAUCUAUGUUUGGUUACUCUGUACUUCUACUUACCAGAGACAAAAGAUCGUGAUAUUGCGGAGAUUGUCAGAGAAUUAGAGGGACACGAGGAGGAAAUUGAAUUGAAAUAA